GGCCCAUUUCGGCCACCCAAAGAAAAAAGUAGACGACAUAGCUGCCGUUGCCGCUCGCGCUGCAUGCCGACUGCGCCUAUUUCAAUCACUCUCCCAGCAUCCGCUGUCCCUCACACUCCUCAUAGCUACUCUUCGACGCUAUGGGUGCCAUCAAGACUGCUGGAGAGGCUGUCGCGCGCAUCGCCCAUCUUGCGAGCGAUGUUGUCGUCUCCGUCCAGCCUACCCUCGCCACUCCGUCCGAGUUCUCAGACCAUCUGAGGAAGCUCGAGACGAACAAAGCGCAGAGCAUCGUCGCGAAGCAGCAGCCAGAGAUUGUUGCUGUGCAGGAGAAUGCCGACCCGCUCCUGUCGUGCUUCACGCCCCUCCGCGCAGGAAAGCUCACCUCGGUCGCUACUUCCUCGUCCAUCCUGAUCAAGUCGAUUCCCCACCUCUACAAGCUCGCACAGUACCCCGUCGUCAUCCACGUGUCGGUACAGCCUUCAUCCUACCCCGACUAUUCAGACAUCACCUCCAUCCGCCAGUGCGGCUUUACAUUCCUGCACUCGGAGACUCUACAGCAGACGCAAGACAUUGCAUUGACUGCCCAUGCCCUCGCCACCAAGUCGGGCAAGGGUGUCAUUCACUUCUUCGCCUCAGGAUCCACUGCCUUUGCCAAUAAGGAGAUCCAGGAGGAGGAUCAGGAGCUGGUACGGCGCAUCCUCGAUGUGAGCAGCGCGGCCGACUACCAGAACACCAAGUCUGAGGAGACUGGCCUCUACGCCGAUGACGGCAGGAGCGCCACCAUCUCCUUCGCCCGCAGCCAGGGCCCCAGCGCCUCCUUGGCUCCCCCGACUUCCACACAGAACAGCCAAUCGCUGCCAGUGUCCGAGAGGAACAGCACACGAGCAGAUUCGUCAUCGGGCUCAUCACAGCGUGAAUCGAGCACCGCCAGCGGCGUAUCUGCAUCGUCAGCUACGACAGUCGAAUCCUUGGCUUCCAAGCCGGUUUCUUCAGAGGACAUCUACCGCUUUGCAUCUCAGAUCUGGGCCGACCUCAAGGAGGCAACUGGCCGGUCCUACGAUGCCUUCUCCUACACUGGUCCCCCCAACGCGGAGGCAGCCAUUUUCCUCUUCGGUGCGGAUGUAGCAGUUUUCGCCACCGAAAUCGACACGGUUGAUGCCUCUGUCGACUACGCCAACACCGGUGUCAUUUCCUUCCGUAUGUACCGACCAUGGCUUGGCGCUUCUCUCGCUCCCUUGUUGCCUCAGUCGAUCAAGCGGAUAGCCGUCCUUGAGCAGGUCCGCCGUCAGACCACCCGUUGGGGUCCCCUUCUAUUGGACGUUUUGAUGUCCCUCAAGUCUAGCCAGAACUCGCCUUUGGUCGUUGGCUACCAGCUUGGAUACAUCAACAAGGAAACGGUACAGCAAGCGAUGCGUGGCAUCUUCCAAAACCUCAUGAGCGAGAAGCCUGUGCAGAACCUCCAAAUUGGUAACCUCGAAGGCCCGACCGAGAACAAAACCAAAGCUGAGCAGCCUAGCCUGGAAAACGCCUACGUAAAGAUCCUGGACCAAGUGUUUGGCGAGAAGCUGCACAUUGCGAACCAGCUUGGCUCGCAGCACGCUGGCGUCUCGAACGAGAUCUCUUCGAGCCCGGAAUACGGCUUCGGAUCUCUGAUCGCACGCAAGGAGCAUCGUCAACGAUUCAUUGAGGAGGUCCGUGAAGCAUCGAAGAGCAACGACUUCAUCACCAAGGCACCUCUAGAAUGGUUAGCCAAGUGGGCUCUGGAUGCUGAGGAUAGCACCAAGGCGAACGCGCUUGCACAGGAAGUCAUUUCCCGCCUUAGCAACGAUGGCUCACCAGCGGCCACCCAGCUCCUGUCUACGAAGAAGCUCUUCUUCCGGGAGUCACCCUGGUUGAUUGGUUCAGAUGCAUGGGCAUACGAUUUGGGCAACUCUGGUGUGCACCAUGUCCUUGCCUCGGGCGAGAACGUCAACAUGCUCAUCAUCGACUCUACACCCUACUCGGAGCGAGCUGCGGCUGACGCCAACCGACGGAAGAAGGACAUUGGUCUCUAUGCCAUGAACUUCGGUAACGCGUAUGUUGCGUCCGUAGCGGCGUACGGCUCCUACACUCAGGUUCUCGAGGCUAUGAUUGAAGCCGACAAGUUCGACGGCCCCUCGGUCGUUCUCGCCUAUCUGCCUUACGAGAAGGAAACCGAUUCGCCUCUGACUGUCUUGCAAGAGACCAAGAAGGCGGUCGACAUUGGAUACUGGCCGCUUUACCGGUGGGACCCGCGAGGAGACGAGAAGGGCGAGCCCAACUUCCAGCUUGACUCGGAGCGCAUCAAGAAGGAGCUCGAGGAAUUCCUGGCACGCGACAAUUACCUUUCCCAGGUCAUGAAGAGACAUCCUGAAUUCUCCGCCAAUCUGUCUGGCUCAUACGGCACCGAGGUGCGCCAGCUACAGAAGCGCAAGGCCAAGGAUGCGUACAGCAAGCUUCUCGAGGGUCUUCAAGGUGACCCAAUGACAGUUCUUUUCGCCUCCGAUAACGGCAAUGCAGAGAACCUUGCCAAGCGUCUAGCUAGGCGAGGAAAGGCCCGAGGCCUCAAGACUAUCUGCAUGGCCAUGGAUGACUACCCCAUUGAGGAUCUUUCUGGCGAGCAGAACGUCGUUUUCCUGAGCAGUACUGCCGGCCAGGGUGAAUUCCCUCAAAAUGGACGAACGUUCUGGGAGACGGUCAAGGACUCUACGGACCUGGAUCUUGCUACUGUAAACUUUGCCGUCUUCGCUCUGGGUGACAGCCACUACUGGCCUCGUAAGGAGGACAAGAUUUACUACAACAAGCCCGGAAAGGACCUUCACGCUCGAUUGGUCACGUUGGGUGGCAAGCCCAUGACCGAGUGCGGUCUUGGAGAUGACCAGGACCCUGACGCGUACCAAACCGGCUACAGUGAGUGGGAGCCCAAGCUUUGGCAAGCUCUUGGUGUCGACAAUGUCGAAGGAUUGCCCGAUGAGCCACCGCCAAUCACCAACGAGGACAUCAAGGCUGCCUCCAACUUCCUCCGUGGCACCAUUGAGGAGGGUCUGCAGGAUACUUCUACUGCAGCCAUCUCGGCCGCCGACCAGCAACUUACCAAGUUCCACGGCACAUACAUGCAAGAUGACCGCGACCUGCGUGAUGAGCGAAAGGCUCAGGGUCUUGAGCCAGCCUACUCCUUCAUGAUUCGAUGCCGCCUUGCGGGUGGUGUUGCAACACCGAAGCAGUGGCUCCAGAUGGACGAGAUCAGCGACAAGCUCGGAAAUGAGACGAUGAAGCUGACCACCCGUCAAACCUUCCAGUUUCACGGCGUCGUCAAGACCAAGCUCAAGCCUGCUAUGCAAGCCAUCAACAAGGCUCUUAUGACCACCAUUGCCGCUUGUGGUGAUGUCAACCGCAACGUCAUGUGCUCAUCCCUACCCGAGCACUCCGCCUUCCAUGCGCAGGUCCACAAGAUCUCCCAGAAGAUCAGCGACCAUCUCCUGCCAUCGACGACAGCUUAUCACGAGAUCUGGCUAGAGGAUGACGAGACUAAGCAGAAGCGCAAGGUCGCAGGCGAGGCUGUCCAGGACCACGAGCCGCUCUACGGUCCUGUCUACCUUCCCCGAAAGUUCAAGAUCACCAUUGCCAUUCCUCCGCACAAUGACACCGAUGUCUAUGCUCACGAUGUUGGUCUCAUUGCUAUCAAGGGCAAGGACGGCAACCUCGAAGGCUUCAACAUUCUUGCAGGUGGUGGUAUGGGUGUGACGCACAACAACAAGAAGACCUAUCCGCGAACUGGUAGCAUGCUUGGUUACGUUUCUACUGACCAGGCACACAUCGUUUGCGAGAAGAUCAUGCUCGUCCAGCGCGACAACGGUGACCGCAAGAACCGCAAGCACGCUCGUCUAAAGUACACAAUCGAUGACAUGGGCGUCGAUGUCUUCAGGAACGCUGUCGAGGAGCUAUGGGGCCAGAAGUUUGCUGACGCGAAGAGCUUCAAGUUCGACUCUAACAUCGACACCUUCGGCUGGCAGAAGGAUGAGAAUGGCCUCAACCACUUCACAUUCUUCAUCGAGAACGGUCGUAUCGAGGAUACGCCUGACUUCCCGAUGAAGUCUGGUCUUGUCGAAAUUGCUAAGUUAGACAAGGGCGAGUUCAGACUCACUGGUAACCAGCAUCUUAUCCUGUCCAACAUCAAGGAUGAGGAUCUCGACAACGUGAAGGCGGUGAUGAAGAAGAACAAGCUCGACAACACCAACUUCUCUGGACUGCGUCUCAGCAGUUCGGCAUGUGUCGCCUUCCCCACUUGCGGUCUCGCGAUGGCUGAAUCCGAGCGUUACCUCCCCGAGCUUAUCUCCAAGCUGGAGAGCACGCUCGAAGAGGCUGGUCUCCGACAAGACUCCAUCGUGAUGCGUAUGACAGGUUGCCCCAACGGCUGUGCACGACCAUGGCUUGCUGAGGUCGCAUUCGUCGGCAAGGCUUACGGCGCAUAUAACAUGUACCUCGGCGGCGGCUACCACGGUCAGCGACUCAACAAGCUGUACAGGAGCUCGAUCAAGGAAGACGAGAUCUUGGACAUCAUGAAGCCUCUGAUCAAGCAGUGGGCUGUCGAGCGCGAGCAGGGCGAACACUUUGGUGAUUUUGUCAUCCGGAAGGGAUACAUCCAGGCGACGACGCACGGAACGAACUUCCACGACAACACCGGAGAAGAGGAAUCAGACGAAGAGUAGAUGUCGGUCUAAAACUUAGGGGUUAGAAAAGGGACUUGAUACCCGUCGUUGAGUUCGCUUGUAUAUAUGGUACGGCUUGGCAUUUAAAUAACCUUAUGUGUGUGUUUUGUAGGGUGGCGGGUUCAUCAGUUAGCAUAUCCUGACCUGGCGUUUUUGGGCCAAGG